AUGGGGCAUCACAUAAUGCGAAGGUUGGACGAUGCAAACCAAUCAUACGUUCCUGAGGGUAUUAUUGGGGAUAUGGAACGUGAGUUUGGUGUACGGAUUACCUACAACAAAGCGUGGAGGGCUAAAGAGAAGAGACUUCGAUUUCUUCGUGGUACACUCGGAGAAAGUUUCCAGAAAUUGCCAUCAUAUUAUCACAUGUUAACCGAUAAAAAUCCAAGAACUAUUGCACACAUUGAACUCGACUUGAAUAAUAGGUUCUUGUACUUCUUCUUAGCGUUCAGGCCUAGUGUACGUGGUUUUCGAGAAUACAUGAGGCCAGUAAUUUGUGUUGAUGGAAGUCAUUUGAAGGGCCAAUAUAAGGGAACACUACUAGUGGCUGCAGCACAAGAUGCUAACCUACAAAUAUAUCCUCUUGCGUGGAGUGUUGUCGAUGGGGAAACAAAUGUAUCGUGGUAUUGGUUCUUUGCAAAGUUGAAAGAUGUCGUUGAUGAUUCAAACCAGCUAGUGUUUGUGUCGGACAGGAAGAAGAGUAUUAAGCGGGCAAUUAUGAGGUUGUUCCCACUUUCUCACCACGGUGCCUGCAUCUGGCAUAUCGAGAAAAAUCUUAUUGCUAGGUAUAGCAGUAGCAAUGUCAUCUUCUUAUUCAAGCGGGCAGUUCUAGCAUACCGUGUAUCGAAAUUUGAUCAGUUCAUGACACAGAGAAGAACCAUUCGACCCUCAAUGGCAUCUUACUUGGAACGUGCCAGUAUAUCCACCUGGUCACGGGCACAUUUUGUUGGUAAUCGGUACAACGUUAUGACGAAUAACAUUGCGGAGUCACUGAAUUCAGUCCUAAGGCGAUAA